CCCCGCCGUCGCCUCCCGUGGCGGCCAGGCGGAUUCCCGCGCGCAUGGGCGCCGCGCUCCGGAGGACGCCCGCCGCGGCCCAGCCCCCGAAGCCUGUCUGGGAGGCAGCGCGGCUCCGACAGCAGCCCGGCGUGACCCUCGGCUCCGCCGCUGAGGGAGGCCGCCCGCCGGGCAGGCCGGACGCGGAGGAAGGGCUUCCGGCGAGCGGGGGGCUCACGACCGCGGAGCGGAGGGUCGCGGAGCUGCACGCGGCAGCCUGCGCGGCUGGCCAGCUGACCUACGUGGAUCCGGCCACUGGGCACGUGGUGCUCACAAAGCUCGCCCACUUGGAGAGAGGCGGAUGUUGUGGCUCUGCCUGCAGACAUUGUCCAUAUGGUCAAGUGAACGUUAAAGAUCCAUCUAAAAAGAAACAAUUCAAUUCAUAUUUUUAUGUUUGACCACAAAUUCAUCUCUGUUUCACCUUCUAGCUGAGACUUUAUUUUAAAAAAAUAAAAUAAAACCCUAAUCCAGAAUGCUCUGUGGGGUGCUAGUCCUUGAGCACUAGUUUAAUCUUAAGUACAUAUAUUAAAAGAACAUCAAUAAAAUGAAAAAGCUAGCAAA